UCUCUUGACCAGAGAGGUUGUUAGUUAAUUCUUAUUUAGGUUAUAAUCCUUCCUUUAACCAGCCACCAUGACUGCUAACAUCAGGAACUGUCUGACGAGGUGCUCUCUCCUGCUGGUGGUGCUGCUGGGUGCUGCUCUGGUUGACGCCAAACCUCCACCUUACGACUACGAUUACUACCAGUACGAUCCUUCCCCAUACUUAGACUCUGGAGUAUAUCAACGUCCCUACAGGGAAAGGCACCAUCAUCAGCCCGUCUACUCAGGCAUCCCUUCCCAUCGUCACUCCUACGAUUCUCAAUACUAUCAAGGUUAUCUCGUUCCCUCUCAAGACCUCUACUCUAACGUCGCCGCCAACGUCAAGAGGACCUUCCUGGAUAUAAUGCGGAGACCCCAUCUUGUUCUAUAGAUAACUUCGGGCGUACACAACGCCUCGGUAUCUCCAAGCUAAGUCGAGCGACCUUGGUUUUCGAACAUGAUUUAUAUAAAUAUCUUCAAGGGGUCAGGUUCCACCCGUCACUGUGUAUCGUGCCCCUAUAGGCGGAAGAGCCCUUAAUUGAUACCCAGGUAAGCCGGGGACGAAGUCCUGCUGGCGACCAUCGUAAACAACGAGGAUCUUAAACUGGGUGAAGAAUUUACAACGAGGAUCUUAAACUGGGUGAAGAAUUUACAACGAGGAUCUUAAACUGGGUGAAGAAUUUACAACGUAUUUACAUUAUUAUGAAGAAAUAAUUAGGAUUUUUAGCAUGUGAUUACAAUACAUUUGUUUUAUUGUAAGAAAUCAUUAAUUUUAGUUAUGAGUAGAAUCCAUUUGUUGUAUUACGAA